GUUCAGUGUGCGUGUGUGUGCCGCGCCGCGUGUGUGUACGUGUUGGUGUGUCAGUGACAGUGGCUUUAACACAGGAUACACAACAUGGCAUCGAAGCAGGGGUACCAGCCAGCCCCCACCACCGUCGUCCCCGCCUCAGGAGCAGGUGAACCGCCUCGAAGACCUGGCCUUAUGAGGAGGGGCAUCCAGUUCGGCAGCUUGGUCCUGGGCAUCCCCUGCGUCGCCUGCCUCGCGGUCUUCGGCGUGGUGUGUCUCCUUCUGCCGGGCGUCAUCUGGCUCUCGCUCCUGGACGAGGACGAUGACGAUGCGGAGGACGUGGCACCGGGCAUCAUCUUGGUGGCACUGGGAGCUUUCUUCUGCAUCAUGUCGGGCGCUCUGUGCUGCGUCAUCAAGAGGAAAUACAGAGAAUUCCACGACCAGAACUUCGGCAGCCCCGGCCGUGUCAUCGCUACCCCAGGCCAGCUACCCCCCCAGCAGCCCCAGCCCCCUCACCCCGCGGCCAUGCAACCCCCCCCUGCGGCCAUGCAACCCCCUCCUUCCGCCCCCUACCCCACGGCACCCGGCGAAGGGAUGGUGGUUCCGGAGCCCACAGUGCCAGAGGGCCAGAUGUACCCCCAUGUGCCUGUGGAUUACAACGCCGGCGCGCUGCCUCCCAAGGGGGGUCUUCCUCCGGAUCAGCCUCCUCCUUAUUCUCCUUGAGGAAGUUUGUCUCCGUCCCUCUUCCUCCCUCCUUUAUUCUUUCUUCUUUGUCCUUCUUUCUUGGUGAGAGGUUAGGUCCCCUUUCCCUCUCUCCUCUCUUCUGCCACACUUUUUUUUCGUGUGGCGUUAUUCCCCCUCUUUCUUUUCUCCUAUUUCCCCUCUUUCUUUUCUCCUCUGCUCCUUCCCCUUCUUUCGUUCUUUCCUUAUGUUUCCCUGCUUUAAAAUCUCCCAUUUAAGACAAUUUUUUUCCCUUUUUUCCUUUUUUUUCUUCUUUUUUAUCUCCCUUCUUACAAUGGGAAUUUUUGUAUUCAGUUUAGGUGCUUGUGAUCGGAUUCCAUAUUAAGAGUUUCGGAAUCUGCUUAAGGAAUCGUCUUUUGUUUCUUCUGUGGUACUUAGUAGGUUUAUAAAGGUUUAACAAAAAUCUAUGGAUUCUUCAACUUUAAGGAUUAUAUUAUUUUAUUUUGAAUGUUUUUCAGCCCUUCCCAUUGCUCACAUAUCAUUAGUGUUAUUGAUAUUAUUAUUAUUAUUAUUAUUAUUAUUAUUAUUAUUAUUAUUAUUAUUAUUAUUAUUAUUAUUGCUGUUGUUAUUAUUAUUGUUAUUACUAUUAUUGUCAUUAAUUCAAUGAUAUCAGAAUCAUUUUUAUAUUCUUAGAAAAAAUAAAGGAAUUUAUCAUCAUUGACGUAAUAACACUACAAUGUCUAAUAUUACUUAUGACUCAUAAACACUAGUGACGUCAUAUAUAUCUAAAUAUCAUUUAUUUUUAUAUGAUGAUACUGAUGUGAAUAGAUAUAUCAUCUUCAUUUCUAUUCUUAUAACACGAGAAAAAAAAUUAUUCAGGAAGAAUUAUUAAUCUUGUCUUGCCCUUUUUUAUUUAUAUUUUUAUUUCAACACGCAGACGACAAAGUGACGUCAUACUAGAAGUAUUUCAGUGCCAUCUACGUUAUGACGUCAUAGUUUAUGAUGAGGUUCCAAUUAGGGAUUAUUGCACAUUUUGAUCCAUCGUAUUCCCUUCAUGAGUAAAUCACAUUAGAUUCUCAUUAUCCUUAUUAAAUCAAUGUUUACACCUGCUACUUACCUUAAGCAACACGUAGAUUUUUUAUUUUACUUUUUAUGGCUUCUCGAAAGGUGCUAUGGAAGACUUAACUGUACCUUAAAUGUUUGUCUGUUUCAAGGUCAAACGGUUCGUAGGUUAAGCUUAUCGGAGAGACAAAAGCAAAGUCAGUUUUCUUUGUCUCUUGUCUAUAGUGUGUUUGUUAGCCAUGUUGUAGAGAGAUGUCUCUAUUCAUUUGUUUUGUACUGGUUUAUACAGUAUAUUAAAUACACUUCGCUAUAUUUUU